UGAGGGAGCAGGAUGAGGCGGGAUGAGGCGGGUUGAGCGGGGAUCGAGGUAUUCCUCCCACAACAACACGAUAUCCGCAAGAUAGAUGAUGUCAGACAGCGAAAAUCUAGCUUGAUAUAAAACCUUUGCUGGCCAUUGACUCCGCACCAUUUCACUUCCAUAACUCAUUUGGGGAACAGAGCCAUUCCAUCCGAUCCAUAAGUCAUGAAAACAUUCGCCCUUGUCUUCGGUAUAUCUUGCAUUUUCUUUUGUGUUGGAAAAUCAUUGCAUGAUGAAAAAAGAACCGUCCAUUAUGGUCACUUCAUGUUUAAUACAAUUAAAUACUAGGUCUGCUUGUGUGUGGGGUCCAUGCGGAUGGAAGUCAGCACCGCACUCGGAACAAAAGGAUUCGUGGAUCGCCGCAAUUAAGCCGAGGGGGUCGAGCAUUUCGCCAAGGACGUCAGGACGUCAACGGCCUUGACCCUGCUGCACCCGUGUCUUCAUACGGAGCUGCCAACACUUCUCCUCCUCCUCCUUUGGGGAAUGUCCCCAUUGAUGAAUAUGUUGCUGACGCUUAUGUUGCCACGGAGGAUCAAAAUUACGAGUCGCCGGGUGCAUCGCUGGAUCCAAUUUCUCCAUUUGCUCCAGUUGCUCCAGCUUUUCCACUUGAACAAUAUUCAAGUAUUGGCGAUGACAAUGGCCCCUCACAAUAUGAAGAAGCAAUUGGCAAAGAUGCGUUGGCAGGAAGUGGUGACAGCAAUUUAGCCAUGCUGGAGAAGGCUGUUCCUGGUGUUCCAGGGAAGGAUUAUCCCAUCUAUGCUUCGGUCCCAGAAACGGCUUUCACGUGUGAAGGCCAAAUCGAAGGAGGUUAUUACGCUGAUCCCGCUGUCCAAUGUCAAGCGUUCCAUAUUUGUACCGCUGAUGGUUUUGGUGGUCUGGCCAAGUACUCGUUUUUGUGCCCCAAUGGAACGACCUUCAAUCAAAACUAUUUCAUCUGUGACUGGUGGUUUAACUUUGAUUGCGCCGAGGCCGAGGCCCUUUACUCCAGGAACGCGGAGAUCCGAGCCGAGCAAGAGGCCAAUAUCGAGGCCGUUGGUGCUGGAAACUCUGGCUCGGUGGAUACUGACAAUACCGAAGGGGGCUUUGACGACUCAAUUGCUUAUGAUAACUACGAUUUGGGAGUGACCGAGUCUGCUCUGACCUCCUAUGGUAUAACCAACACUGAGGCUAUGCUCGUAUUCCAAGACAAUGGUCUUUUGCCCGCUCUAGGAUCUUACGGUUCCCCUGGUUCUGCCUCUGUUACUGAAAAGGAAGAAAAACGUGGUGCCCGAAAAUUUCCAGACAAUCAGAGCCGUUCUCGAUCUGGCCGACGGUUCAAUGGCCAAAGGCGAAACAAGCAAAGCCAAUCAUCACGACGAGAGGGUCGCCAAGGCCGCCGCUUAAGUGGUUAAGUCGUGUCUAUAUUGCUCCCGGGAUCAAAUUCGUUGAUAGGUUUCUAACCCCAAGACUGCUUCAUACACUCCCUGCCUUGAUAAUUUCUGAAAUCUUGAUCGUUUCCACCCCUCUUCCCAGGCCAUCCGGUUUGAAAACGACAUCCACGCAUCUGGAGAAAUGCCUCCUACCCAAAGCAGGACUUAGUUAUUUUUCGCCAAAAAUGCCGACCGAGAAAGUGGCAUUUAUAUGAUAACAAAUUUUCUAUUGGAUUGUUUGAGCCCGAUUGCUCAAUUUUAGUUGCUUCAAAAUAAACAUACUCGCAAAUUUGUUGUAAACUCAAUUGUA